AGCCCCACCCCCAUUUUUGUUUAGCAAGCUAUCUUGUAGGACGCUCGAGGCUGAGACAGCUUACAGCAUUUUAGCUUUCUUUUAUACUGUACUGUAAGAUUGAUGUGAGUCAAGAGGACUAACAAGAUAUGGCAGACCCUAAGAUAGGAGAGGAUGGUUUGGUGUUUGAGGACCGACCUCUGUCCAUGAGCACCCUACAAGCGAUACCCACAGAGAUGGGACUGUGGAAGACGCCAGCUGUCUACACGUGCCUCGAGGCAAACGAAAACUACAUUGUGAUUGGCUCUGAGCAAGGUUACGUCUGGGUAGUCGAUCUGGAGACCUCGAAGCUGAUCAGAGAAUACAGCGAGUACCGAGGGACUGCUGUGAUCACUGUUGUUAGGCUCUCCCCCUCUCGGGACCUGCUGGCUUACGGAACUAGCGAUGGUCAUGUGAGAGUGGACAAGAUCUCACGCUCAAUGAGCAACAAGUUGGGUCUGAAAGAGAAGGUGAAGCAAGGAGUGAGGGCUCUGGAAUGGAAUGGAGACGAACUGUUCUGUGGCUUUGAAUUGGGACGCGUAAUACGAAUGAAAAUCAAUAUCUACGAUGGGACAAUGUCUACUCUGACCUUUCCCGAGAGUUACGGCAGCGGAGUGACGCAGCUGUCUUGUAAGGGGAAUUCCCUAUUGGUGUCUACGGUUGAGCGAACGUGGAUGGUGGACACAGAGACCCAUAAACUGGAACAGGUUGGACGUAAGGAUCGCAAGGCAGGGCAGUAUGGAGGCUGCUUGAUGGGGAGUGGAGAGACGGCCUAUGUGGCCAGGCCAGGACUCAGACUUUGGGCAGCCGAUAACUCUGGAAAGGUUCUACGUACCGUUGUGUAUAAGGAAGCCUUAUCAACACAAGCCCUCCCUCGAGUUCCCCUCCACUCGUGGUCCUCUCUCGUCCCCUCGUACAAUAGGGCGUGGCAAUUCACUGCCGUACUUCCGUGGGUGGGAGAACACUUCAUCAUCACUUCCUCAGAACACACUCUCUUUAUUCUGGACCCAAAGAACGGAUUGAUAGUUGGGGUACUAGCCCUCGGGCACGCCAUUACUGACAUAGCCGUCACUCGAAGCUUUGUCUACCUAUUGUGCAAUGAUUUAAAGAAACCUGUUUGUCGGAUUUCAGUCAAACAGUCUUUUUUGCGAGCUUUGAAGAGAACACUUCCCUCGUCUCCAGUCCCGUCCCCCAUGCUCACACGAAACAAGGUGACCUCUGCUGGACCAACGCUGACCGUGCCAACUACCUCUGGUAAAGUGGAGGCAGACAAUGAUGAGCAAAUGAAGAGUCCCAAUGUCGAGAGAGAAGAGAAAGAAACUUCAAAUGUUGAAAGUGAAACUAAAAAAGUUAAAAACGAUUCUACUGUGAAUGUAACUCUGACUGAAAAUACUAUCUCAACCGAAGAUGACAUUUCAUCCAAUACACAGUCGACAGUAGCCACCCCAGACCAGUCCCUGCCGACCAUUCACCAGCCUGCUCUUGUGGCCACUGACCACCCCCUACCAACCACCACCACUCCUGCCGACCCUAAUUCAUCCCUCUCUGAAUGUAUGGAGGAUGAGGAUACUGAAAACAUUGAGCAAGCAACCGCCAGAGACAAACUAACAACUAAUAUUCCUGUGAAAUUGGAAGGAGACACUCAAACUGAAACUGAAACUGUUACACUGUCGUUAGAAGUAUCUGCUAUGACUGACGAACCACUCUCAUUGUUGGAUGCUAUAGACACUCCCACACAUGCCACGCCCACAGAGACACCGAGUGAUGCUAAGCUAAGAGUACCUAGUGAAGAAGAUGCUACAAUUAUAGACACAAUGGUUAAACCAAGUGCAGCAGCAUUAGAUUCUGAUACCAAAACAGAACAAGUUUUCGAUUCCAGUACCAAUACAAAGAACGAGUCCAGUUCCAGUAUGCAACGAGAACAGAAAGAGCCUUCACUACAAGAAGCUCUGAAGGCUGAAGUGAAAGAGCUGUUUAAACCUAUCAAUUUUGAUAAGUUAUCCAAUAUAUUCAAGAGUAACAAUCCCAGGUCCUCAAGUCCCAAUCGCCUUCGUGUACUCGCCAGUCGGAAUAGAAAAACUGAAAAUGAGGAGUCUAACAAACCUCAGGACCUCAAUGUUGAAAUAGAGGAGGUCAAAGACACGUCCGAAGUAGCCAAUCAGAAAGAUGACCAAGAAUCCACUAAAAAACCCGAUCUGAAAGAAAUAUUGAAAUUGAGUCGUAUUGGUAAUCUGCUCUCAAAAGAUACGAGUGCUUCAACGGGAUCUCCGCUGACCACACCCAUCAUUAUAACGCCCGCCCCCCUCGAUGCGGAAGAGCAGGAGAGACGACUGAGAAUGUCCCAGAGCACAGCUGACGAUCAGGACGAUGUGGUGGUUGUAAAAAAAGACAAAAAGAAAAGGCGAAAACGAAAGUACAAAAAGCUGUCCUCAGCAACAAGUUCUGUCUCUGUGUCUCUAGAGAAGCUCACGGAAAUUGAAGAGGAGGUCGAAGACUCGCCAACCCUCUCCGCUAUAGCCACACCCCUUUCUCGUCCUACGUCACCUUCUGUACCAUUCACACUAACUGUUGAACAAACAAUGAAAUUGGAACUAUUGAAAUUGGAGAGAAAUGAUGAAUCAAAAUCAGUGGAGCGAGAACAAUCCGUUUUGGAGAGUCUGCCUGAAGGGCCUACGGAGGAAGAAAAGAACAAAACUGAAGUUAUUUCAUCCGUGACCGUUGAAUCAGUGGUGGAAGAAAUCGACGAAUCUAAUCCUGAACAGAUUAGCCUUGAGCAAGAUGAAACUAUUAAAGCUGAGCCUGAGCUUGACAUUACCCCCCACAAAGAGCACACUGUAGACAAUGUGACCACACCUAAAGAUGGUGAUGAUACCAUUGACACUAUCGACAGGCCUGCCAGUCCGCCAUUGUUUGAAGACACCGACUCUUCACCUUCCGACCCACUCUUUUCAGAGGACCCUCUUGAAGUCAUCCCGUCUCCAACGCCCUCAGGGCCUGACAGUAGGGCCGGGUCACGCGAGAAGAGCAUGACAGCCACGUUAGGGGACCUCUCGGACAAUCCACUCUAUCACGACUCGGACCACGAGACAAGGGGGCGUGGCAACGAAGAGGCUACGUACACAAAGAACUAUCUUAGUCCAAACUCAAGCAGAACUAGAAACACUGCACCGGGAAAAUUUCAAUCGUCAUUGCUACAGCCAGUCGAGUUUGACCCCCUACGAAGCGACGAUAGCUUCGAGGGACUGUGUGGUAGCAGGCAGCUGGAAGAUGAUAAACUUGUUGAUUCUACUCCCGUUAAUUUGCGGCCACGAAUGUUGUCCACUUCUCCUGACACGAGGAGACGUACCAAGGGUAAACGACCGUCCCCCGUUGUCUCGGGCUCGUGGGAUGGCUAUAAUGCGUCGAGGGAUGCUAGAGAAAUGAGUGCCGAAGCUUCAGACUCUUCGCACGAAGAUGACGAUGACGAAAAUUUAGAUGAUUCUCAAGUUGCGUCCGAUUUUUACCAGCUGUGUGGCUCGUUAAUACGUCAUAGCAACCAGAGCAAGGAGGCGAAGGCCAGUGCCUCGUCCCCACAGAAAUUUUCGUGGACUGCUGCUGCAUCAGAAUUUCAACGACAGAGUGUGGUGGAAUCGGAUGAGGAGGAAAGCGAUGAAGGUCCAGUUACAAACGCUGAUAUCUGGGUCCCAAUUCCGCACCCUGGGCGGAGUCAAAUACAGUGUGUGUGUCUCUCAGAGUCUCUACUUUGGAUUGUUGAUGGAAGAAAAAAUGUGUUUUGUACGACAACUGCUAGCAAAGGAAAAGAUUGGCAGCAUAUCAAAAAGCCAAUGUCACAAAUUUGCUCCUCUCAAUCUGGAAAUAUCAUAUGGGGUAUUCACCACUGGAAUGCGUAUGUGAGGCUUGGAAUCGGAUUGAACCCUGCCGGUAGCUAUUGGAAGAAUGCCACUAAAGGAACAGUUAUGUCACGGAAGAUCAAGUACCUAGCUGUGAGCGAGACUGGCGUGUGGGGGAUUACCACAGACAACCGUACAAUUUACCGAAGGGGUGUGGAGGAGCGUAGCCCUGGGGGGAAGAUGUGGUUGGAAGUAUCUGGCGAAGGAUUCUCACACAUCUCAUGCUGUAAGAACAUCGUAUGGGCACACACAAAUCACGGGAAGGUGUUCAUUCGUGAGGGCAUCACACCUUCAACGCCAAGUGGCCGGAAAUGGAGCGAAUGCAAGUGUCCUAAAAUGAUUUCAUCGUGUUUGACAAGUGCUGGCGUUGCUUGGGGCAUUAAUCACGAGGGAUCCAUCGGCUUCAGAUGUGGUAUAUCAGCGUCCAAGCCCUCAGGCAAAGGCCCUUGGUGGGAGGUCAAAAUCAAUGCUCUCACUCAUCCCUCCUCUCCCUAUAACUCUCUCUGGCAAGUCAUGGGUUCUGAGGGCAGCCAUCUUCUCACCUCAGUCACCAACAUGUUGCCUCAGCUGAUGCCCCAUUCAAAACCUCUUGUUCUCUCCGCCUCCUCGAAAGCCGGCGUUAUCAUCCUCCAGGACAGCAACAGGCUUCACGCUUGCUGGAGAACGGCCACUGGAUAUCACUAUCGACCUGCCAGUAAGAGUGGCCUCUUCCCCAUCACCACCUGGUCCAAUAUGGCGGUCGGAAUCACUGGCCUCUGGCUAGUUCGAGACGAUGGCGAUCUUCACUGUCUAACUGCAAAAGAUCAAUUGAAGCGAAUCGAAUGUCCUGCUGCUAUCACACACGUUGCUGCCUCCCCCGCCUGUAUGUGGAUAGUAGCCGAUAAUCUAGUGUGGUCCAGGCAAGGGCUUGGAGAGGAAGUGCCCGAGGGCGUGUCGUUCGAUUACAUCGAAGUGAGCACGCAACUUCACGAGCGAAAGAUUCAACACAUUGCCUGUGGAAAGACGGCUGUUUGGGCAUUGGAUAAAACUGGAGUACCACAUUUCAGAUUUGGAGUGCACUCUAGAGAACCUGGCACCGGAAUGUCUCCCGCCUGGAUUCCAGUCGAGGACUUUCCCCACCCCCUCUUGCAAAUCUCCGUGUGUCCAGAUAAUUGGCUAGUGUGGGCUCGAGACGAGAAGUUUAAUUGCUACGUUCGUGCAGGGGUAACCCACGACUUCCCCAUCGGCGUGAAAUGGGAGGUGGUCCCCGGCGAGCAAAUCAGAGAGCUGUGUGUCACUAACGAGUACGUGUACGGUCUUACUCCGACUGGAGAGCUGCUGUGUCGUUAUGGGAUAUCGGAGGAGAAUGUGCAGGGAAACUAUUGGCGCCGAAUGCCCGGGAGAUAUGAGCACCUGGCGACCGGACAGAAUGGUGAACUUUGGACCCUGGACCCUAAAGGUCAAGUAUGGAAACAAGAGUCGAAGAUAUUGACCGUGUCACAUGAUUCUAAAGCCGGACAAAAUGAUUUUGAAACUAGUAUGACUGUGGACCAGUCAUGGGAGGUGGUCUAGUGUUGUGUGUAUGUUUACGUUAUAGACACGUGUUUGAUUUUGUCAUUUCUUUUAAUCAAUUGAACUCUCUUAUCUCUUUAUCUUAUCUCUUUUGAACCAUUAAUUUAAUUACAGUCAUGUUGCGUUG